CAUGAAGCUCAAGCUCUCUGAGACCGAGUGGUUGUGAUAGAAUAAGAUAACGACGACGACGACGAUCAUCACAUAAACUCACUCACCGCCACCGAAAAUUUUGCAGACACCGCCUAUAACAACUCCGGCGACCAUUGUUAGAUGACGAUGAAGUAAGCCCCAACCCUAUUUGAUCAGCGAGAGGUUGAAGAAGAACCAGAAACACCAACACAAAGAAGAAGAGGAGGAAAAUCACGCACUCACUCACUCACUCACUCACCCCUACCACUACCCAGAAAAAUUCCGAAGCGAAUCCUUUUUAUCCGCCCAACAAUCUCCUCCGUCACCGUUAUGUCGUCGGGAGACGACAGCGAUCACGACCGCCACCGCCGAGGCCCUCCGUUUCUCCGGCGAACUCCCCCUGAUUCUACUCGGAAGCGAGAGCGACUCACUAAUCACAAGAAUCAUCAUCAAGCUCUCGGGCUGCUUCCACCACCUUCGAUUCAUCAUCAGGAUCAGUAUAGAGCUCCGCGUAGAAACGACACCGUUUCUCUGGGUUUGAUUCCAUUUCUGCCCUUCCUUCCCGACGAGCUCAUCGAAGAAAUUCUCUCGAGGCUUCCCGUGAAAUCGCUUCUUAAAUUCAGGUGCGUUUGCAAGCGAUGGAAGUCGUUAAUAUCUGAUUCUUACUUUGUGAGGAAGCACCUUCACUUAUCAACUCAGAGCCCCAAUUUCACUCACCAUAGGAUCAUAUUAAGUUCCACAACUGCCGAAUUCAAUCUCAAAUCUUGCCAUAUGAGCUCUCUGAUCAAUAACCCGUCCACCAUUUCUGAGGACCUUAAUUACCCAGUAAAGAACAAGUUUCGCCAUGAUGGUAUCAUAGGCUCCUAUCAUGGAUUACUCUGUUUCGCCAUUAAAGCUGAGUCUGUGCUUCUUUGGAACCCAUCAACUAGAGUAUCGAAGAAAUCACCUCCACUGGGUAAUGAUUGGAGACCUGGAUGUUACACUGCUUUUGGGCUUGGUUAUGAUCAUGUCAACGACGAUUACAAGGUUGUCGCUGUGUUCUGUGACCCCAAUGUGUAUUACAGUGAAACUAAAGUUAAAAUUUACAGCAUGGCUUCUAAUUCAUGGAGGAAGAUUCAGGAUUUCCCUUUUGGUAUCACACCGUACCAGAACUCAGGGAAAUUCGUGAGUGGGUCUCUCAAUUGGGCGGCAAAUUACUCUUCUGGUCCAACUUCUUUGUGGGUAAUUAUAUCUUUGGAUCUUCAUAACGAAACAUACAGGGAAGUUCAUCCUCCUGAGUAUGAGAAAGAGGAUUGUUCCACACCAACUUUAGGUGUUCUGAGAGGCUGCCUUUGCAUGAACUAUGACUACAAGAAAACCCAUUUUGUUGUGUGGUUAAUGAAGGACUAUGGUGUUAGAGAAUCCUGGGUGAAAUUGGUAAGCAUCCCUUAUCUGCCUAAUCCUGAAGAUUUUUCAUACUCAGUACCAUAUUGCAUCUCAAAGAAUGGUCAAGUCCUGUUGAUGUUUGAAUUUGACUUGGUUCUGUACGAUCAAAAGGACCAGUCAUUUAAGUUUCCCAGGAUUGAAGGUGGAAAGGGCUGGUUUGAUGCAGAAGUCUAUGUUGAGACUUUGGUUUCACCAGUCCAGAGCUAAGGUUCUGUGUCAAUGUCAAAAUCAUGUGUAUGUAAUUGUAAGAGUAAAAGGUUGCAAAUGUUUUAGUGCUUUAAAAACCUUUUGGCUUACUAAUUCUGCUGACACUGGGGGCAUUUUCAUCUCUGUUGAUGUUGUAAUGUAUUUUUGAGUUUUGACAUUAAAAAUGUGUAAAUUAUGUGCAGAACUGAGAAGCAAAGCUGUGUACUUAUAUGUUGAUAAUAUAUAUCUCAUGGAGUUUCUUUCUCUC